AUGCAAAGCAUGAUAGACAUGAAUCCAAUUAAACGAUGGUUAAAUGCUUAUGACUCAUCUAACGAGAAAAACAAGAAGUUAAAGAGCGAUAAAACAACAAUUAAUUGUUUAGAAAAUUUACCAAAUGAAAUUUUCUAUGAAGUUUUUGAUUAUCUUGAUGGAUGUAAAUUAUUCAAUGCAUUUUCAAAUCUUAAUACACGUUUUCAAUAUCUACUUGCUUGUACAUCUAUUCGACUAAAGACUCGUCUUACCAAUGUGUCAGAAACAGCCCUGCAGUAUCAAUCCGAUCAUAUAAUCAUACCAAACAAACAUCGAAUCGUUUCCCUCAAUCUAAGUGAAGACUACGGGUAUUAUUAUCCAAAUUUAAAUCUAUUUGAUAUUGACUCCUCAUUCAUUCGUCUUGAAUCACUUCAAUUAUACAAUAUUCAAUCGAAUCAACUUAUACCUAUUCUUAUAAGUUUAAUAUCGUUAAAUCGUUUAUCAUCAUUGACUAUCGAUUGUAAUGAUGAUGAUCCAUAUGAUAUUGAUAAUAUAUAUCGACUGAUUUUUAAUUUGCCUAUAUUAAGAUAUAAUAAAUUAUCAUAUUAUUCAUUUGAUUCGCCUAUUCCUCUAUCGAUUGCUACAAACACACAAUAUAGUCAUAUUGAAUAUUUAGUUGUCGAUCAUCGAUGUACUUUAAAUGAAUUGAUUGUUAUACUUUUAUAUACAUCUCAACUAUGUCGUUUAACUUGUCGAAAAAUCAAUGAGUCAAAUGAAGAAGAUAACACAAAACAUGCACUUAGUGCGAUAUCCAAUUUGACUUAUGUUUCUAUUGGUAAAUGCCAUGCAAAAUUUGACGAGUUGAUACUAUUCAUUACAAAAAUAUCACCACAAUUAGAAGUAUUACAUAUCACUAGUAGCCAAGAUGUGACUUAUUUGGAUGCUGAUCGAUGGCAACGAUUAAUUUCACGAUAUUUACUUAAUUUACGAAUAUUGGAGUUUAAAUACGAAGAAUUUAUUGAUGACGAUUUAGAAGUAACUAGUUAUCAUGAACGAAUUGAUCGAUUUUAUUCAUCAUUUUGGACAAAACGAAAGUGGUAUUUUAGGCUUCACAUUGAUACGGGCUAUUUGUUAGAUGAUUUAAUUGUUUAUUCUGUAUCUUCAGACAGGAAAAAUUCUAUUAGUGAUAUGGAUCAAACUAUUUCUCUUAAUGAACACGACGAAUCUAUGUUGUCUUUAGAAGUUCUUUCUGAAACUUAUCAAUUAACUAUUGUCAAUCUUCCUCAUAUUGAUAAUGAUCUAUCGUUGGCUGUCACUAUAGGUCCUAUUUUACUUCUAGUACCGAUUACAUGUUUAAAUAUCACUUGUUGGGAGAUUUUUAUUGGUUCAUUGAUUGAACUUGUGGCAUGUUUACCUAAUCUGAAUUCAUUAGUAGUUUUUCAUCUUUAG